AUGUUCAUUCUCAAUUUCUUUCUUAUUAUUUUUGUUGGAAGUAUUCAUACUGGUACUAGUUCAAUGAUCAAUGUUUCGAUGAUAAAUAAUAAUGAAACUAUGACUAAUGGUAAUCAAUUUGCUGAAAUUAUCGUCGGUCUUCUAUUGGAUCUUGUAGAAAAAGCGAACCUUUCUCGUACUAUAUCAAUUAUUCAUAAUGAUACAGAAUUAACUGAAUUUGUCAAAGAUGAUAAUGAUAUAAAAUCAAAUACAACUGAAUUAUUAAAUAUAUAA